AAGAGACGACAAUAGUUUCUAUCGCUUUUCUUCCCCGUUUCUCUCUCUUACCUUCCUUUCUCUUUCUCUCUCUUCCCACCAGGUCACGUUGAUUAUCUUCAACUUCGACAAAAAAAAAGUGGAAAACGGCUUAAAUCUCAGUUUUUAUUUUGUUUAUUCCAAUCUAAAUUAGGAGAUCUGUAAUUUCUCAAUUCUUUCAAUUUCCGUUCUUGAUAUUGUACAUUAAUUAGCCCUAUUCGUGAUUAAUUCAACCCUAAUCUUAUCUCCCUUGUGAUUUUGAGUUGUUUACAGAUUUUCGGAAGAAGUAAAUUGGAGUUGUAUGAUAAGUAGAAGUGAAAAGUUGGAACAAAUUAUUUGCGUAGAAAAACAGUUUUGGGCAAGACUUGAGGAGAGAGAAAGAGGAAGUGGCGAAUGCAGCGUAGUGGUUUAUAGGAUGUGAAUAAGGGAAUGAUCCUCAGUUGAUUUGUUAAUUGUCGAAAGGAGCAAGUUUUGUUUGUAUGAGUAGAAAUAAAGUGUUCAUAGUGCUGUAAACAUUUAUAGUGGGGGGAAGGAGUAAAGUCGAAUUACAUUGGGCUGUAUACUACUGGUUGGUGUUGUCAAUAGAGGGUGUUUGUGAGUAUGGAUGAUUUACAUGGUGGCGAUGCGCAAAUGCACAUGACAGAAGCUGAGCAACAAAUGCAUGUGCACUAUAUGCACGACCAAAAUCAAGGGAUGCAUCAUAUGAGCAAUGGGAAUGGAAUUGAUGAUGAACAUGAUGAUGGCACUGCAGGUGCAGGUGAGGGGAUUGAUGAGGAGCUUCACAAUGACCCUGGAAAUAUUUCUGAUAACCAUGGUGCUAUGAUGGUGCCGAGUGCUGAUAACAAUCAGCUAACUCUUUCUUUUCAGGGUCAGGUUUAUGUGUUUGAUUCAGUCUCACCUGAAAAGGUUCAAGCUGUACUUCUUUUGCUAGGGGGUCGUGAAGUACCUUCAACUGUUCCUUCUGCACCAUUGACAUCGUCUCAUAAUAAUAGGGGGGUGGCUCCCACACCACAAAGGUUCAACGUUCCACAAAGAUUGGCAUCACUACUUAGGUUUCGUGAAAAGAGAAAAGAACGUAAUUUUGACAAGAAAAUACGCUACACAGUUCGCAAGGAGGUGGCUCUGAGGAUGCAGAGAAACAAGGGUCAAUUUACUUCUUCAAAACCUAAUCAAGAUGAGUCUUCGUCAGGCGCAACAAGUUGGGAAUCUAAUCAGAGCUGGGGACCUGAUGGACCUGUACCACUACAACAGGAAGUUUGUUGCCGACAUUGUGGAAUCAGUGAGAAAGCUACGCCGAUGAUGCGGCGAGGACCUGAAGGACCAAGGACCCUUUGCAAUGCUUGUGGACUUAUGUGGGCUAACAAGGGAACUCUUAGAGACCUUUCAAAAUCGGCAGUGACUGGUGGACAGAAUCUUCCCUUCCCUAGGAGUGAGGAGAACGGGAAUUUUGAGGCGAGCCAAAUGGUUAGAGUUGCUGGAAAUGUUAGUGAGUCCACAUGAUGGCCUUUUUAUGUGCAGUUAGUUUGAUAUACCGUGGACCGAGGAUCGAUGAUCUUUGAUUCCCAUUUAGAGGGUUAUUAGAUUGGACGAGAAUGUUUUAUAUAUUUAGAUUCGCGGUCACUGAAGACAAGAUUAGCCCUGUACUUUCUGUGUGGGGGUUGAGGUUUGUUUACUGAGAGCGGAUGAAAUGUGUUCUUAUUGUUGUAUGCAAUUUCGACUGAAUAAGACCCUGUUUAAUGAAAUUUUACUUCCGGAA